AUGAAUAUGGACCAGGGGAAAUUUUACAGUUGGAACCCGAAAGAAACAGGGCGUUAUUGUAUUAACUUGUUUGCGGACGACAAUUGCCAGGACCGCAAUGGGUGGUCAUGCCCAAUCUGGGGACCGCGAAAGCUCGGCCAGCCUUGGGUUAGAUCGUUUCUAGUCAACAAAGAAGGCGAGGAGCUUCCAGACCCAUCAACAAAGUCAGACAAAUCUACAUCUAUGACUAGCACCAGCUCGAAGAGCGAGUCAAUUACAACCAGCAGUUCUACCAGGCCAACAUCUACAGGGUCUUCUGCGGAGCCCUCCCCACCCUCUACCACAUCUGAGACGACUACUUCAUCCACAGGCGAGCCUACAACUGGCUCUACAACUGGCACUACAACUGGCACUUUGAUGGAGACGCCCAUUAACACGGGGAGACCAACUCGACGGCCAAAGCAUCCUCAUGCCGCAACGCCUGUAUCAGGCGGUGUAAUUGCUGGAGCCGUGAUUGCAUCAAUAGCAGGCGUGGGAGGACUUGCAUUCUUUGGUUAUUUUAUAUAUCGUUUACGCAAAGCGAAGGCAGCAGCUCCAAGUGACUCAUCUCCCGAUCCAUUCGCCCCACGCCCACCGAAGAACGGGUUCCAAGAGCUCGAUUCUCUUCCAGCCUCGCCUGUAACAGGACCCCAGCCACAUGCGCCAGCUGCCUCGAUACCAACCAUCCUCGAGGCCGAAAAGGCAGCGGCUGGAGGGUAUGGAAAUCAGCAUCCACCCAUGGCUGAGCUACCUGAUACUUCCCAAGUUUGGGAAAUGGACGCCACUCGACACAAGGAGCAAUGA